AUGACCAUCCCUCUCAACAACGGCGCCGGCCCCAGCCGCCUUUCCGCCUCCCCCAGAAAGACCUUCUACCCCGUCUGGCCAGAGACACACGAUGAGGCAGAGUACUUCGAAGUGCCCCCAGAUCAUUUCUUGGCCCAGCAGCGAGGCGCCAACAAAGCUCAGCCAGCCAGCACGUCACAGCAAACCCUCGCGCGACGAGUUUCUUCGUCGUCCUCAUCCACCUUCAGCGAAGCAUCCAUGCCCAUCGCUGGUCUCAGCAAUGUAUCAGAAGCAGACGCUUUGUCAUCGCCAUUCUCAUCACCACAGCCGCUGUCAGAGCUAGCGACAGCAGUUCGUGCUGGUAUUCCUGCAUUGCCGUCAUCGCUCGGCCACAUCGUCCAACCCCUCGACCGUCUUGCAGAUGCAGUACCACGCCCAGCCGGCUUCUCCACCGUCGACGAGCACAUUCCAGAUACAUCUACGCUUGCUGCUGCCGAUUUUGACGUCGACGUUCGUUCCGGUUUCCUGCCACCCGAGGCGCCCGUCCGGCGUCUCGGUGGGGUGCAUGCUGAGCAGUGGGAGAAUGCGCUCGACGAAGCAAAACGCAUCCCCCUUAUGCAGGGCGGCGGUGGUGCCACCAUCACCCAACACCAACGCCUUCUCGCCCGUCGCUGGCGUCGCGCGCUUCGUGAGAUGCCAGUACUGCCUCUGUCCGAAGAGCUCGCCAACGACAUUCGCUUCGCACGUCGAGGCCAUGUCGUCCUCUCCUUCCUCGCUCAUUUCUACAUCCACAGCCAACCGCCUAAAGCCUCCGACGCUGCGAUUCCGCAACGCAGCUGGCUUAACGUCUUCUCGCGCAAGUCGGUCGAGGAGCUCCAAGAUGAGCAGGACCUCGUCGACGAGCUCGCCGGCAAGUAUCUGCGCCGCGUGCCCGCCGCCAUCGCCGUCCCCUGGGUUCAGCUCUCGCAGAAGCUCGACUUGCCGCCCGUUCUCACUUACGCCACCACCGUCUUGUGGAAUUGGGAAUACGUCGACGCCUCCCGCGGCCUCGAACCGGACAACAUGCGAAUCGUCGAGACCUUCACAGCAACGCCGUCCGAGCACCACUUCUUCUUCACUUCGCUGCUCAUCGAAGCGCGGGGCGUCGAGGCGCUCGAGCUCAUGCGUGUCAGUUUGGACGAGGCGUUCGUGGCGGAUCGCGUUGCACGCAGGCGUAUCGCUGGGUACCUCAACAGGCUAGCAGUCGUGCUCAAGGAUCUGACCAAGCUCCUGCACGAUGUGCGCAACGGAUGCGACCCAAAGAUCUUCUACUGGGGGAUUCGGCCUUGGUUCGUUGGCAGCGAUACGGUGGACAAGGGCGAGCAAGUGGGAUGGCACUUCGAAGGUGUGGACGCGGAAGGUGUCAAGCGUGUCUUUUCUGGGCCGUCGGCGGGUCAGAGCUCGAUGAUCCACGCAAUCGAUGUCUUCUUGGACGUCGACCACACUCGCAGGAAGGAGAGACUUAACCGUCCCGCUGCGACUGCAACGAGCGAUGCGAGGGGCGCAGAUGCCACGUUUAUGGAGCGCAUGUCGCUCUACAUGCCCGGACACCACCGAGCGUUCCUGUCGCACCUGCGCAACGUUUCGUUCGACGACGACGUGGACGAGGAGGACGACCUCAGUGACAUGUCUGCCUCUGUUGCGUCGGACAGCGAUGGUGAGGAGGAGGCACAGCCGCGAGAGCUCCCGCAUCCCAUCCGCAGCCUGGCGCUCAAAUCCAAGACCGAGGAGCACGACGAGGGUCUCCCCGCUGCCUACGACAACGCACUUAAGGAGCUCAAAGCCCUGCGUGACGAGCACAUGAAGGUGGCCUACCUCUACAUUGUCGCCCAAGCGCGUGGUUCUCCACCCGACGCCUAUGCGCCCCUUCCUCGUGGAUUCACCGGUCAGCUCGAAGUCGACCGACGUUUGGUGGCCAAAGCCAAGGCGAAAGCGCACGCCGAUGCCGAGGCCGAAGCGGCUGCGCUGCUCGAUCCCAACUCGAAGGACAACGGCGGCGGCGCAAAGGGAACAGGUGGCACUGACCUCGUGAGUUUCCUCCGCGACUGCCGUGUCAACACCAUCGACGCGCUCAUCCUCGCCAAGGAGGUUGCCACGUCCACUGCGGCGAGUGUUACGACUGCCGUCAGCGGUGUCGCCACCUCGUCGACGGCCAACGCUGCGGGAAGUUCAUCAGGUCAGUCCACCACCCCUUCUGCCUCGCAAACCGUUGACCCGACCGUGACUGACGAAUACAACGCCGCGUCUGCUACCGAUACCGAUGCAACACUGCAGAUCUGGGCCGUUGACAUCUCGGCCCACCCAACUCUUCUCACGGACGAAUCUCUUCGCGAGAUUGUGGAGACCCUCCUUCCGGGGGCACACAACGCCGCUGACCGAGCAAAAGUGCUCAAGUAUUACCGGCAGCCAGACCGCGUGCGGUCGCUCGUUGCGCGUCUCCUGCCGCGUCUGCUCCUUGCUACGCGAUUCAACAUCGAUCCUGCCACUGUGCGAUUCGGAGUCACGCCGCAGGGUCGGCCAUUCGUCUCAGCGCCCAGCGUCGGGCUGGACUUCAACAUCUCGCAUGACGGAGAUUGGGUUGUCCUUGCCUUUUCCACCGCCGGCAUUCGGGUAGGCAUCGACGCGAUGGGCGUUGAGCUGCCGCGCUAUGAGCAGAGCAUAAGGAGUUUCGUAGAGACCAUGGAUAUGGCGCUCACCGCGCGCGAAACGGCGUGGGUGCUGAAUUGUCCGGAACAGCAGGGUUUGAAAAGGUUGUUCAGUCUGUGGACGCACAAAGAGGCGUACACGAAGAAUCUCGGCUUGGGGCUGGGGUUCGAUUUCAAGCGCGUCGAGUUGGAGGGUGGGGCGAUGCGGGUGGAUGGUGAGACGGUGGAGAAGUAUGGGUGGGUGGAUGUGAUGCUGGAUGGAGAGGUGGAGAGUCAGGUGGUGGUAUGUCAUGGUCCGUAUGAGGAGAAGCAGGUGAGGGGGAGGCAGAUGACCGCAGAGCAGGCGGAGGGACGGGGGAUCUUGCGCAGGAUGACGCUCCAGGGGCUGCUGGACGAGGCUAAGACGGUCUUUGCCGCUUUGUAG